GCGGCUCCGUUACUGCGCGCAGCCUAGCGGACCUGCGGCGCACUCGGCAUCCUCUCCCUUUUAAGCCAGGCUAGUGUAGCGUGGGGGUGGGGCCAGGAGCCCCGCCCGAGGGAGAGAAAAUUCACCAAGCCCGCUGCUCGGUGGUCGGUGUAGCCCGUCUCCGGUAUUUUGGACUAACCUCCCGGCCUCGGGAGGGUGCUCCGCCUCUGUCCCCUUCCCCACCCCGCAGGACCCGCUGGGUCCAGGAGACAAAAGCGGACCCACCUGUUUCCCCGAGACUUCUCUUCCCGCGCUCCUCCCGCCUGCCCUCCCGGGGCGGCUGCGUUUAUAUAGAUCAGCUGUGUCUGCAUCGCAUGUGUCAUGUGUGAGUCGUGUGUCUCCGCCAGACUCAGGAGUUCUCCCUUCCGCCCUCCUCCCGAGGCCGGGGCCCCUGCGGGUAGCAGAGGAGAUGUUGUUCUAUGAUGCUUGGUCCAGCUGGUCGCUCCCUCCAUUCGAGUGGACUCCUGAAAGUUGGAGACGCGUACGGACGGAGGGACAGCAUCAAGAAGUCACGGAUGGCGUGUGUUUGUGUGUGUGAUGGAGAGACAGAGACAGGCACUUAGCAUUCUGCAAAGACCAUGCUUGGGUGGUGAUAGUAAAAUGAGUAAGUUGUCGCUACCCCAUACGUAAAUAACAAACGAAAACAACACCGAAAAGCAGGUGAAUUCCGAUUAAGCGUAACGACCAGUUUUGGCUUCAAGAGAACAGACUACGGAACACUUUCUAUUGGUAGAGAGGUGUGGGACUACGGGUGUGGAACGUUGCACACGCAGUCAGGUUUCUACGUUGGGGUUUUGUUUUUUUUUCCCGUGUUCAGUCGGGGAGGGAGGCUAUCAGGAAAUGAAAGGCAUCAGUAAAACCUCAACGAACAAAAGAAAAUGCAUUGCGUGUGCACAGAGGGGACACCGAUCGACUUAAGCAACGGAAAGCCUAGCAAGGGUUACAGGGCUUGGCGAUACUGACAAGCAGUCUGGGUGCCGCGCUACAUCCGGACGGAGGUGUGGAACUACAUUUCCCAGCAUGCCGCGGCGCUCCGGAUGACGUCAUUCUUGCGGUGUUGGAAGGUUGGAUCUGGGUCGGGUUUGGGAGAGGCUUCGCAGACUGGAGAGAGACUGCCAGGAUGUCCACCAUGGAGGCUGCCCUGGACCCGGGGGACGAAGACCUGCUAGAUUUCCUGAAGGAGGAAGGGGGAGAUCUGUGGGGAAUACUUGGGGAAGGGCAGGAGGUCCCGCAGGAUGAUGGGACGCUGCCUCCUGAGGUGCUGAAUGAGUGGGAAGCGGAAGAAUUCCUGAGGUCUCUGCUGGGACCCCCCACCUCACCAUCCCUCCCAAGUCCUUCUGGCUGCAGCUUCACUCACACUGAUCACACCUACUCCCUGAGCUGGGAUGUACAGGCUUCCUCCCAAGAUGAUGUCUACAUUGACCUGGAUGAUGGGGGUCUCGCAGAUGUGACUCAAGAAUCAAGGGUCUCCUUGCAGAUGGAAGACAUGACACUUAAGCACCAGUUUCCUCAGUUGAUAUUGACAGAUGAAGAGAAAAGGCUGCUACAGAAAGAAGGGUUGACCCUUCCUGAGACGCUCCCCCUUACUAAGGCAGAGGAGCGAGCCUUGAAACAUGUUCGGAGGAAGAUUCGGAACAAACAGUCAGCUCAAGAAAGUAGAAGGAAGAAGAAAGUGUAUGUGGGAGGGCUAGAAAGUAGGGUCUUGGCUUGCACAGCCCAGAACCUGGAGUUACAGAAGAAAGUCCAGCUCUUGGAGAAGCAGAAUGUGUCCCUUUUGGAUCAGCUAAAGAAGUUCCAGGCUUUGGUAGCUGAGAUGACAACCAAACCCACCAGCAAUAGCACCUGCAUUGUGGUACUGCUCUUCUCCUUCUGCCUCCUCCUCUUUCCUGCCAUGUAUCCCUCUGAGAUACGGGGCCGCCAGCCAGCAGGUCUCACACUGUCCCGUCAGAUCCGGACCCUUCCCAGCAAUAACAACUCUCUUCUGGAGUCUCCUGCUUCGCCGACAGAGGAGAAAUCGGAAGUCACCUUAAAUCUAUCAGCCGAUGUAACCUCUCUGGCCCCAGAUAAUUCCUCCUUUGAUCCUCUUGCUGGAACAAGUGAUGAACAGAUUCUGAAGCCAGCAGACCCAACACAUUCUACUAUUCUGUCUUCAGAGGCCACAGAGAAGCAAGGCUGGGCCCCUACUACACCUGCUAUUAUUCUUCAAGGACGUCACUCCAAUGAGAUGUGAUGCAGGGGCAGGAGUUAAGAUGUUGGACAGACUGAGUUGGGGGUAGAAAAUGCCCAGAGUAUCAGUGAAACACAAUAUACAAAAGUUAAAUGGUUUGGUAAAUAUACAUACUAUCUCCUUAUACCUUGGAAGCCCCAGGUUGUAGAUAGGAAUAAAGAUGAUGUAUCUGAGGCUGGCCCUCCCAGACCUGUGAA